AUAAAAAAAAAAUGGGAAAAACUAUUGAGUGCAAAAAUUCAGAAAUUAAGAAUGAAAAAAUAAAAAAAGCAGAUAAAACUAAAGAAAUGACCACAAAAUCGCAAAAUGCUAACACAAAUUGGGAACUAUUUUUAAAAUCUCAGAAAACGAAUCUAACCAAGAGUUACAGAAAAGAAACAAAGCAUCUCAAAGAUAAGUUUUUAAAAAACAAAUUUGUUGAUAAAAAUGAGCAUUGUGAAUCAAAGAAGGUUGAAAGUGAAAUCUGGUUUGAUGAUGUUGAUCCAUUAUUAUUAAGUUCACAACAAAAGGUUAAUCAAAGCAUUACCGCUUCAAAAGACACUACAGCCUCAGAAGGCACUACAAAACCUGUAACCAAGUUUUCAGACAAUAUUACUCGACAUAUAGCACUUGAUUGUGAAAUGGUUGGUGUGGGAUUAGAUGGUAAAGAAAGUGUGUUGGCUAGAGUUUCUAUUGUAAACUCAUUAGGGGAGUGUUUGUAUGAUAAAUUUGUUCGCACUACUGAGUCUGUUGUUGAUUAUCGUACUGAGUUCAGUGGAGUUCGUCCACAAAAUUUGAAAAAUGCCCCUGAUUAUGAAACUGUUCAAAAAGAGGUUGCAGACAUUAUUAAGGGACGUGUAUUGGUUGGUCAUGCACUUCAAAAUGAUUUAAAAGUUUUGAUGCUUAGUCAUCCAAGAAAGUUUAUACGUGAUACUUCUAAGUACAAAUUCUUUCAAGUUGCAUUGAAAACUAAGAGACCAGCUCUUCGAAAGCUUGCUGCACAGUUAUUGAAUGAAAAUAUCCAAGACGGAGAGCAUUCAUCCAUUGAGGAUGCUCAAGCUGCUAUGAAGUUGUUUCAAAAAUACAAAAAAGAUUGGGAAAAAACUCUGAGAUUAGGCAAAAAGUAUUUAAAUUCUCAAAGUAAUUUGCUUAACUCUCAAAUUAAUCCGCUGCUUAAAUCAACAGAUAAAUUGCCAAGUAAAAAAAAUCAAAAUAAAAGAAAUAAAUGGACUAGACGUAAACAGUUAAAAAAGAAGAAAAACAAAGAUGACUUUUAAAAACUAAUUUUUUAAUUGUAUUUUAUUAAUUUAGAUUCCUCAUUAAUGGUAUUUAUGAUCUUAUCA